AUGGUCGUUACAUUCGAUUCCCCUGCAGCUGCAGAGAAGGCUGCAGGGGGCUUGCGGGGUGAGUGCCUGGGCGACCAGAGCCUCGAAUGCCACCUCAAGCCUCGACCCCCGCUGGACGAGGAGGACGUUGCGGCUGAUGCUGCAGAGGUGUUGGUGAUGAACAUUCAUCCAGAAGCAACCGCAGAGGAGAUCGAGGCACUCUUCUCGCCCAUCGGCCCUGCCAAAGUGCGGUGGCCCAGCGCCAAUCAGGAUGCAGGUUCUCUGCGGUUCUGCUAUGUGCGCUUCGCAUCUCUGACACAAGCACAGAAUGCGGUUACGCAGCUGGUGGGAGUGACCCUCCAUGGUCAAGGUGUCCAACUCAGCCCUGCGAAGCCAAUGUCAGACAGCUGCACGGUUUUCGUGGGCAAAAUCCCGUACGAGGCACAGGAGGCGGAUGUGCAAGAGGCUUUGAGCCCUGCCGGUGAAGUUGCGGGCGUUCGGAUUUUGCGGAAUGGCCAGAAAGGCUCUAUCGCGUUCGCGGACUUCACGUGUCGCGAGGAUGCGGCAAAGGCUCUGGACAAUCUUCAAGGUGUCUACUGUUUGGGAAGCCGGCUUCACCUGGAGUUGGAGCAGGACAAGAAGCAACAAUGGUUGCUGGCUCGAGCCCCGCGACCACGUGGAUCACAGCGAUCGCACCGAGCGCAGAGUCGCACGAAGUGGGAUCCAUCCCCCAGCAAGCUUUUUCUGGGCAACGUUCCUGCAGAAGCGACGGAAGAUGACCUUCGCAGCAUAUUCUGUGCCGUCGAGGGGCUGAUCGAGGUCGCCAUCGUGCGGUGCAAGACGGACGACACGGGACCUGGCUAUGCCUUUGUCCGCUACAUGACCGCAGAACAAGCAACGAUGGCACUGGAUAUGUUCCAAGUCCUGGAGCUCUUUGGAAGGCAGCUGCGUCUGAGGCCAUCUGGCAAGGAAAACGAUGAUUGGAGGAACAGCCGGAAGGCGCCUCCCGGAAGAACUCUCAUCAUCAGACAUCUGCCUCGGUCAGCGCAAGAAAGCGAGCUGCGCGUACUGUUCGAACCAUAUGGGAAGAUCACACAGGUUAAAGUGCUCCACGAGAAAGACUUUACACAUGCGCAGGUGGUUUUCAAGGAGGCAGCACAUGCGAAAGCAGCUCAGGAAUGCCUGCAGAAGGUGGACUUUCGUGGACGGUCCGUGAAAGUCGUCCGAGCAAAAAGCCGAUCACCAGAACGGAAAGACCAGCAGCAACAGCAGAGGACAUCACCGAGGCCCCAUCUCUUCGUUGGGAAUCUUCCCGCGGAGCUUGACGAAAACACCUUUCGCGAGACCAUGGAAGGCGGUGGAGAAGUGUCCCACGUGAAAUUGCUCCGCGAGAAGAAUGGCAAGUUCAAGUGUUGUGCGUUCGUCGAAUAUGCGGAUCCCGCCUGUGUCGACGAAGCAAUCGAGCUGCUCAACAAUGUUAACUGUCUGGACAAGCCCAUGAAAGUGCAGAGGUAUCGCUCGCCGACACCUCCGGGUCGCACAAGCAGUGCACCGUUAAGGAGGCCCCAUCUCUUCGUUGGGAAUCUUCCUGAAGAGCUUGACGAAACCACUUUUCGCGAGACCAUGGAAGGUGGUGGAGAAGUGUCCCACGUGAAAUUGCUCCGCGAGAAGAAUGGCAAGUUCAAGGGUUGUGCGUUCGUCGAAUAUGCGGAUCCCGCCUGUGUCGACGAAGCAAUCGAGCUGCUCAACAAUGUUAACUGUCUGGACAAGCCCAUGAAAGUGCAGAGGUAUCGGUCGCCGACACCUCCUGGUCGCACAAGGACGCGAUCUCGAUCACGGUCACCCAGAGUCCCAUACCCAGCCUCAGACCCCGGGGUAUGGAGGCCGCCGGCAGUGGUGCCUCAUUAUCUCCAGCCGUCGGCACAACCGCCGCCACCCCCGAUGAUGCCGUUACAACGGUCAUUUUUGCCACCUCCCAGGCCAACAUCAGCGGUCGCGCCAUCGACCCCGAGAUCGAUUGUCAGACCGUCCUGUGCAGCCCACCUACGAGAGGGAAGCGACAAUGACCAGGUGCAGUUUCGGCAGGCAGACAGGUCCAGAAGCCGAGCGCGGCUCCCGCCGCCAAGAAGACGAAGAAGAACAGCGAAUUCCUCAGCAUCGCACCGGCUUCCCCCAGCACUGUUGCGGAAAAGAGGGAGCUGCAGCUGGAGUCUUGCAGCCCUUAGCUCAAUUGCCUUGCGGCCCCGGGUUUCGCAGAGUUCAAAGUAUGGGUCAUGUUAUGAAGAAUAG